UCAAAUAAUCGUUAGCUUUUAUCUUGUUCAUUGGAUGUGUCAUGUAACUUGAUUUUAUUUUGUUCCUCAUGUAGAUGGGCAAUUCUGCUGCUGCCAUUGCAGCUGCUUUUGGAGGAGGCUUGCCUCCUGGAAUAAGCGGGACAAAUGACAGGUGCACUGUUCUUGUAUCUAACCUAAAUCCUGAUAGCAUAGACGAGGAUAAACUUUUCAAUCUGUUCUCCAUUUAUGGAAACAUUGUAAGAAUUAAACUUCUCCGCAAUAAACCAGAUCAUGCGCUAGUUCAGAUGGGUGAUGGCUUCCAGGCUGAAUUAGCAGUACACUUCUUGAAGGGAGCCAUGCUGUUUGGCAAACGAUUGGAGGUAAACUUUUCAAAGCAUCCAAACAUUACAACUGGUGUGGAUACACAUGAGUACUCAAACUCAAAUCUCAAUCGCUUCAACCGCAAUGCCGCAAAGAAUUAUCGUUACUGCUGCUCCCCAACCAAAAUGAUCCACCUGUCCACCCUCCCCCAAGAUGUCACCGAGGAGGAGAUUGUGGCCCACCUAGAAGAGCAUGGCACCAUUGUCAAUACCAAGCUCUUUGAGAUGAAUGGUAAAAAGCAGGCCCUUGUCCUAUUCGAAAAUGAAGAGCAGGCCACUGAAGCCCUUGUGUGCAAACAUGCCAGCUCACUUGACGGUUCAAUGAUCCGGAUCUCCUUUUCCCAAUUGCAGACCAUUUAGGGCGGACCCUCGUAUCAGAAAAAAAAGGGAAGUAACGAGUAACAAGUGGGGAAAAAGGGAAUUUUAUUUAUGUUCCAGUUGUGAUCGUUUUUAAUAUUGCAUUUUCUUGUAACCUGGUUUUAUUGCUUUUGUAUUGGUGGAAUGCUCUUUGGUUUUGUACUUAAUCUUGGACUCUUCUCGUCUUUAUGUGCUUUGUACCAUUCAGUCCCAAGUUUGCUUUUGAUGUCUAAGGGAAUCUGUUGUUUGCAGAUACGGUAGAUUUUUAGAGGUGGAGGGGGGAGAGGGAGUAUCUUCUUGUCAUUGAGAGAUCCAAUGCAGUGUCAUUGUUGUAUGUAUGUUGUAGUGUCGGUUAAAUUACAUGUAUUCUCUUCGUAAAUCCAACAUUAGCUUGUUCAAUCAAUGAAUUUGUGAAGUAUUCACAGUUCUUUGCUUGUUA